AUGGCUGCCAAAAGGUCGAGAUCGAAGAAAUCAAGCAAGUCGCCCCAAAAGGACGACAAGAAGACAUCGCCACAAGCAUCAUCCGCGAAGAAGUCUACCCCGGCGGAGCUAUCUCUGCGGGCCAUCUUGCAAAAACCUUCAUUCAAAGCUGGCAACAAGAAGUCUUCUACAGGUCGCCAGCCCUCCCUUGAGCAUGCAAUGGACAACUUGUUGAGCCCUGCUCAGCUCGCAGAUGACGAGUACACACCUCCAGCUAGACCCGUUCGCGGAAAGAUUUCGACACAAACAACUUCAAAGCUGCCAAAACACGUCAAGAAAAGGGCUUCCAAGGAGAACCCCAUCGAUCCAGACCUCAUGGACAUUACAGAAGACGUCCCCUGGACUCGCCCAUCAGCGUCACGAACCUCAUCGCUUCGAAGUAGCAGCAGCCCUCAACUUCGGGAGGCUGCCGCAGUCGACACCUUCGAAAGGAACAGAGAAAGCAACUUGGCCGCUCCCUUUCCUCGCAACAAUGCCGGCCAUCCUGGCCCACAGUAUAUCAGCCGUGGACCCGUGGUCGACGGGUUCACCCAACCUCGCCCAGAACAACGUGACGAUUACACGCCACCAGUACAGCACGUCGAAACCCCCUACCUGGGACCAGAAUAUGCCAACCCCAGAGACCAAGCCGAAGCUCUCCUCGCCGGCCGUACAUCCACCUGCAGGAUGCCAACCGGUGGCAGAUCGUACCGCACCCAACUCCUUGAUUCCCUCCGCGAGCUUGGCUUCGGGUACCACGCCACCGGCCAUCCCAUCCCGCCUUUGACCCAGGCAGAAUGGCGGGCCAGAGGACAAAGCCAGAAUCCUGUGGCUGUCUGGAAGAGUUACGAUGAUUAUGGGAUCCUUCCACGGUGGGCGAAGCCGAGUUAUCCUGGUUUCAGAGAUCCCCGUAACGAUCGCUUCGGCAAUAAACAUAGUGACAGGUCCGUACGGGCGUACUGGACUAGGUAUACGAACAUGUGUCUCGGUGCGGAGGAGCAUGCUAUUGAAGAGUACUGCUGUGAACUGUUCCGUGAGGCUCAUGGGAUCUCGGACGAGGAGUUCGAGUAUAACAAGAGCCUCACACUGAUCGAUCGCAAGUUCCGUGUGGUCAGAGCGCUACAUCGCACCAAUCCCGUGGUAGAUGACUGGUACAGUGCCUUGCCCGACUCGGAUCGCGAGGAAGUCUUCGACGAGCUCGAGCCCGAUCUCCUAGAUGGCAACAGAAUCCUCGGCAGACCAGUCCGCCGCCUCUGGAAAGUCGUCAGAGUGCCUCACCACGUCUUCAAAGAAGGCGACGAGGAGCCCGGAAGUGCGUUGGAUGCGUACUGGGACUACCGCGGAUCCGGGAUCAUCCCCAAGGGUACCCAGAAGUACAUCGCCUACCCUCAGCGCGAGGAUAUCGAUGGAGACGGAGAUCUCGUAGACGACCCAAUGGACCUUGAAGAAGACCCCCAAAUCACAGCCAUCAGAGAAUGCCAAUACCAAACCUCCCUCCGCCGAGCAGAACAGCUCUACAUCUACGAAUGGACCAAAUGCCGUCGCGCCAUCGAGCUCGGCCUCACCCACGAUGAAUUUGACUGGUACCUCGCCACGGGGAAGAUAGACCCAGCGUGGUCUUCUUUAACACCAGAUGGCAGACGACAAGUCCGCUCUGCCGCUCCAGCUCCACCCCCUCAACCACCUACGCAGAGACCCCUCUACGCACGCCCUGGCCGUCGAGCUCGCCCUGAUCCACCAGCUGUUGGCCGCCGCCUGCUUCCCAGACCGACGGAGCAACGCCGCCAGUUUACCUCACAGCCGCCUCAACAAAGAGCCAUGCACAACCCGGCCGGCAGAGGUCUCUACCAGCGUCCAGGAGGGAACCCUCCCCGCAUCUUCAACCCACCAGCUAACCUCCGCCCCGACGGACCUCGAAUCCGCGAGCCAGAACCCCAUAUCCAAUGGAUCCUCUUCGGCCACAACUACGGCUCCUACCGCGCAAACGCCAUCAACAACAUCCUCAUCACCGCCCCUCACACUCCCAUCCCACCGCGCAGUGCAGGAGACGCAGCAGUCUAUCUCCACGCCUACACGUGUCAGGGUCGACUCCCUUCUCCGGCAGGGUAUGUGCAGCCCUCUUUCCCGCCGGUGAGGGGUGAGGAGGAGUUUGAGGAGUGGGAGCAGUGGGAUGAGUAUCUCAGGAACCACGAACGCUCCUGUCGGUCCCUCGAGCAGAACUCCGUGCUGAGGUUCCUGAGGAAUAUGAGGGCUGGGGAGUUGGGGUUGACGUAUGAGGAGUUCAAGCACAACCGUGCAGAGGGACGCAUUACGGGUUAUGCGGAGGGCUGGAAUGUGGAGCGGCAAUUGGUUAGGGGUGCAAGUCAGGGGCUUGAGAGGAGUGAGUCCAGAUGGACGGUGGAUGCGCGGCAAGAGGAGGCUCGGUAUAAUCUGCCAGCACCAGGGGAGCGGCGGAUCAGGAGGAGUGUGGUGAGAAGUUGA